AUGCCUUCCGAUCGGACUCCCCUUCUCGCCGACCCGCGCCGGUCAGUAGACUCAGCGCGGUCCGACCGCCUCGCUGAGGAGGAAGACAAUCUGGUCCGCGGCUCCUCGCCGGACCGCCAGCCGUGGGCGUACCGGCUACGCGAGGUCGUCCUCUUCGUCUGGGCGCUUCUAGCCACCGCGAUAAUCAUCGUCCUGGCAGUAUGGUUCCAGCACAACCAGCAGACCGGGCAGUUCUCGAAGCCCCCCGGCAAGCGGAACCUGAUCUUCAUGGUGUCGGAUGGCAUGGGACCCGCAUCUCUGUCCCUGACGAGAUCUUAUAGGCAGUUGGUGGAGGGCCUCGAGUACGACGACACCCUGACGCUGGACAAGCACUUUUGGGGCACGAGUCGGACGCGGUCGAGCAACAAAUUGGUCACGGAUUCGGCAGCGGGAGCAACGGCAUUUUCUUGCGGAAAAAAGAGCUACAAUGGAGCCAUCUCGAUACUGCCGGACUCUUCCCCUUGUGGUUCUGUCUUAGAGGCCGCGAAGAAGGACGGAUACCAUACGGGAUUGGUGGUUACAACCGAUAUCACUGACGCCACGCCGGCUUGCUUCGCCAGCCACGUCGACAUCCGAGAAAAGGAGAACGAGAUUGCCCUGCAGGAAAUCGGCGAGGGUGCGCUCGGGAGAGUUGUUGACCUGAUGCUUGGCGGAGGACGUUGCCACUUCCUCCCGAACUCGACCGACGGAAGUUGUCGACUUGACGAUGUGAAUGUUGCGGGCAUCGCCCAGAAGAAACACGGAUGGACGUAUUUUGAUGACCGCGCGGGCUUCGACAGUCUCCAGGGCGGCGAUAAUGCGUCUUUGCCUGUUCUCGGUCUGUUCGCCAGUACCGACUUGCCCUUUGAAAUCGACCGCAUGAAUAUGGCCGACGUCUAUCCAAGCCUGAGCGAGAUGGCAACAACUGCAUUGAAAGCGCUCACGAAGGCCACCGAGAAUAGCGACAAGGGCUUCUUCCUCAUGAUCGAGGGUAGUCGGAUUGACCAUGCAGCACACAUCAAUGACCCGGCGUCACACGUCAGGGAGGUUCUUGAGUAUGACAAGACUUUUAAGCUUGUUCUGGAUUAUCUCGAGAAUAGCAAGACCGAGGGUCUACUUGUGGCCACCAGUGAUCACGAGACUGGUGGCCUGGCGACAGCCUGGCAGUCACCGACUGCGGAACUGCCGGUGUAUAACUGGUAUCCAACUGUUUUAGCAAAGGCCAACGCCUCUGCACAGUACCUAGCACACAAACUGCACGAACACAUCGCCUCCAUCAAGUCUGAGCCCGCCGCUCUUGAAGAUCUGGAGAACUGGAUCAACACCAAGCUCGUAAUCCCAGGCCUAGGAAUUGCUGAUGCCCGCGACUUUGAGCUCAAGAAGCUGGCGUCGGAUCCGGAACACGCGAUCUACACUUUGUCGAGAAUGAUCAGCCAGCGCGCAAGAAUCGGUUGGUCGACUCAUGGCCAUUCCGCCGUCGAUGUGAAUAUCUAUAGUUCCGGCGGGCGCCUAGCCGAGGACAUUCAUGGCAACGUGGAGAACACGCAAGUCGGCCAGUUCCUGAGGAAAUACCUCGAUGUCGAUACCGACAAAAUCACGGAUGAACUUCGGGAGAAGAUGCAGUGGAACCAGUCUUUGGCUGAGCCGGCCGACGCGAUGAUCCGCAUGGGUUUUGAGGCUGAGGAGCUACAGAUGGAUUGGAUUAAUUAA